ACUACGAACUUAACCUCACUUAUUACCAUCUACUUCUCAUUCCUUCUCUUAGCUUUUUAAUUCACAAUCAUGGCAGUCUUCACAUUCGAGGAUGAAAUCACCUCCCCCCUGCCCCCCGCCAAGCUUUACAAUGCUAUGAAGGAUGCCGACUCCCUCACCCCUAAGAUUAUUGAUGACGUCAAGAGUGUUGAAAUCCUCGAGGGAAACGGCGGUCCUGGAACCAUCAAGAAACUCACCAUUCUCGAGGAUGGAGAAAUCAAGUUUAUCUUGCACAAAGUGGAGGCAAUAGAUGAGGCUAACUAUGCAUACAACUACAGCGUGGUUGGAGGAGUGGCGCUGCCUCCCACGGCGGAGAAGAUAACAUUUGAGACAAAGCUGGUUGAAGGACCCAACGGAGGAUCCAUUGGGAAGCUGAGUGUGAAGUUCCACUCGAAAGGAGAUGCAAAGCCAGAGGAGGAAGACAUGAAGAAGGGUAAGGCCAAGGGUGAAGCUCUCUUCAAGGCUAUUGAGGGUUACGUUUUGGCCAACCCUGCUCAAUAUUAGAACACUUUGCUCCAUCUUCAUAUGCACUUGUUUUCUUUUGAACAUGUUUGUGUGUGGGCAUGCUUCAAGUAAUUGGUUUUUUCUAUGUAAUAAGAAAAAUAAGUGUUGCUUUCUUUAUUUUUUUGCUGUAGCUUUGUCUGGGCUUCAUAUAUAUCAAUAAAAUUUAAUAUCAAAGAAAUUUGAAUGAUUA